AUGUUGAGAUCAUUACGUUCAAAAUCAUUGUCGUUGACGAGAUUUUUCUCCAACAGCUCAAUUAGGUCACAGGUACAAGGUGCUAAUGUUAAAGGUUCCGACUUUAAUGCCGCCAAAUAUAUGGGCCAAAAAUACCACGUCGUUGACCACGAAUACGACUGUGUGGUUGUUGGUGCUGGUGGUGCCGGUUUGAGAGCUGCUUUCGGUCUUGCUGAAGCUGGUUACAAAACUGCAUGUGUGUCGAAAUUGUUCCCAACAAGGUCGCAUACUGUUGCCGCACAAGGUGGUAUUAAUGCUGCCCUUGGUAACAUGCACCCUGAUGACUGGCACUGGCAUUUCUACGAUACUGUUAAGGGUUCAGAUUGGUUAGGUGAUCAAGACGCUAUUCAUUAUAUGACUAAAGAAGCACCUGCUUCUAUCUAUGAAUUGGAACGUUAUGGUGUCCCAUUUUCAAGAAAUGAAGAAGGAAGAAUCUAUCAAAGAGCUUUUGGUGGUCAAUCUAAAGAAUACGGUAAAGGUGGUCAAGCUUACAGGACUUGUGCUGUUGCUGACAGAACUGGACAUGCUUUGUUGCACACCUUGUACGGUCAAUCAUUGAACCAUGAUUGUCACUUCUUUAUUGAAUUCUUUGCCAUGGACUUGAUGAUGCAAGAUGGUGCUUGUAUUGGUAUUGUUGCUUACAACGAAGAAGAUGGUACUUUGCACAGAUUUUUUGCCAACAGAACUGUUAUUGCCACUGGUGGUUACGGUAGAGCUUACUUCUCAUGUACUUCUGCCCACACAUGUACCGGUGAUGGUUAUGCUAUGGUUUCUAGAGCCGGUUUGCCUUUGGAAGAUUUGGAAUUCGUUCAAUUCCACCCAUCGGGUAUUUACGGUUCCGGUUGUCUUAUUACUGAAGGUGCUAGAGGUGAAGGUGGUUUCUUGGUUAAUUCUGAAGGUGAAAGAUUUAUGGAACGUUAUGCUCCACACGCCAAGGACUUGGCUUCAAGGGAUGUUGUUUCCAGAGCCAUUACUAUGGAAAUCAAUGAAGGUAGAGGUGUUGGACCAGAAAAGGAUCACAUGUACUUGCAAUUGUCUCACAUUCCAGCCGCUGUUUUGAAGGAAAGAUUACCAGGUAUUUCGGAAACUGCCCACAUUUUCGCUGGUGUUGAUGUCACCAAAGAACCAAUUCCAAUCUUGCCAACUGUUCACUACAAUAUGGGUGGUAUUCCAACUAACUGGCAAGGUGAAGUUUUGAAAAAGAACGACCAAGGUGAAGAUGAAGUUGUCCCAGGUUUGAUGGCUUGUGGUGAAGCUGCUUGUGCUUCGGUCCAUGGUGCCAACAGAUUGGGUGCUAACUCCUUGUUGGAUUUGGUUGUUUUCGGUAGAGCUGUUUCUCACACCAUUGCCGGUAACUUGAAACCAGGUGAGCCAAUCAAACCACACAGUAAAGACAUUGGUUAUGAUUCUAUCAAUAACUUUGACAGAAUAAGAAAUGCUGAUGGUACUAAGACCACUGCUGAUAUUAGAUUGAAUAUGCAAAAGACUAUGCAAAAGGGAUGUGCUGUUUUCAGAACUCAAGAAACCUUGGAUGACUGUGUUGAAAAGAUCAAUGCUAUUGAUAAAGAUUUUGAACAUGUCAAGACUACUGACCGUUCUAUGAUUUGGAACAGUGAUUUGGUUGAAACUUUGGAAUUACAAAACUUGUUGACUUGUGCUACUCAAACUGCUGCUUCAGCUGCCGCUAGAAAAGAAUCUAGAGGUGCCCACGCUAGAGAUGAUUACCCAGAGAGAGAUGAUAAAGAAUGGAGAAAACACACAUUGUCAUACCAAGAUGCAUGGGGAUCACCAGUACGUUUAGAUUAUAGACAUGUUGUCAAGCACACUUUGGAUGACAAUGACUGUAAACCAGUUCCACCAGCCAAACGUGUUUAUUAG